GCUUGGAUUUUCUAGGAGAAUUUUAUCAAAUUAAUUCAGAUUUUUGUUCCAAUUUCGGCCGUUUGCUGUUUGUUUAUACAAGUGUUCAAGAUGGAAACCGAAAUAGUGCCUCCGGCACCACCCUCAGACGCCCAAAGAAAUUCAGCCCCACCAUCAAAGUUGGACGAUUUCUGUCGCAUUUGCUUGCUCCGGAAGCUGCCCCUCCUACCGAUGACAAGUGAAUUCAACGGUACCAUGAUACCGGAAAUGCUCUGGAAGGUAUCCGGAACGCUGUUGAACGUGCUGGAGCAGCUUCCACGGGUGAUAUGUGAACGAUGCCUAACGAAGCUGGAUCUGGCUUACAACAUCGCCCAGGAAUUCCGCAAACAGGAGGAGCUGCUGAGAAGCUUCUGCUGGAAAGGAGCCCUCGUUGAGCAACUGGAUGGGUUCCAGCGGACCGAGGAUGCCGCAAAGGAACCGUACUCGGAAGAUGUGUUGAAGAAACUGACGCCACCUGCACUUUCCACGUCCGCGUUAAUUACGGUUCGCAACGAGAAGGAAAUGUUGAAAGCGAUCGUUGAGCUACCACCCGAGGACGAUCCGAUUGAGGAAGUAGCAGAAUUGGUAGUGGAACAGCUGGACGAUAUAAUUGAGAUCGAAAGGUUCGAUGAGGAAGAUCAAUCGGAAGAGGAUCAAUUUGAGAUGAUUGUUGAGGAAAACAGCAUGGAUUCUGGAGAUGCACUGAACGAACCAAACGACGUAGAUAGCGAAUUCGAACAGAGCGAAGAAUCUCAGCAAAGUGUUGCCUUUGUGAAGAAAGAACUGGAGGAAGAUGAGGGAAAAGCAAAGGACAGUUUAGAUCCGGAAGUUUUGUCUGUCUUGGUAACAAAAGUAGAAGAGGAAUGGAUAGAUGAUGACGAUAAGCCGUGGGAAAAAUCCGAUCGGGAUGCUGAUGAUUUAGAGGAAGCGGCAGCGGUCAGUUGUGAAGAAACUGAUGAAUCCCAGGACCCGAUUUGGUUUGAUGAAGGUGAACGCGAAGAAGAAGACGACGAAGAGCUGCCAAAGCCAAAGCGGCGGAAGGUACCGAAGGUGGCAAAGAAGAAAAGGGUGAUCAAAAGUGUAACCAAUGCGGAUGGUCUGUUCGAGUGUAAGAUAUGUGGUAAAACAUUUCCAGUUCAAAAAACUUUCCUUAACCAUCUGCGUCGGCACGAACACGUCCAGAAAGGGUCGUUUCAAUGCAAUAAAUGUGACAAGGUUUUUGGCACGAGGCACCGUUUGAGUCGCCAUGAGCAGAUCCACACACGUAUCCUGACCUGUGAAGAGUGCGGCAAUGUGUUUAAAAAUGUUCACGAAUUACGGUCGCAUGAGUCGAUACAUCUGAAGGGUAAGCGAAAGUGUCGUUGGUGUGAUUUUGUCUGCUACACGAGAGACGAAAUGAAGAAGCACCACACGACGAGCAAAUGCGGGCAGUUAGCUCAGACCAAAGCCCCCGUGAAGCCUCCCGUUUUGAAGGACAAAAAGUGUCCCUUUGAAGGGUGCGACUACGUGGCCCAAACGUACGGUGCGAUGUAUGUGCACAAGCGGACCAAGCACCAGGCGGUAUAUGAGUGCGAUCUGUGUGACAAGAAGUUUGCCUUUGCGAAUCAACUGAAGCAGCACGAAACGGUCCACACGGGCGAGAAGCCGUUCCAGUGUGACAUUUGUUCGAAAAUGUUCCGGAGGUUGUUCAGCUACAAGGAGCACAUGGCUAUCCACGAGGGUGAAGGAAGGUACGAAUGUGGGAUCUGUGGAAAGGUUUUCGCCCGGCCAAGGUAUCUGUCGGCCCACGUGGUGACUCACUCGGAGGGCCGUCCCUUCGAGUGUACCAUGUGCGGUUCCAACUACAAGACCAAUGGUGAACUCACAAAGCACGUUCGAGCGAAGCACGAAUCUCUGGAGUACGGAAACGGGAACGAUCUUAUCGAGGAAGAUUAUAACUAUUUUGAGGACGAGAUUUAUUUGUAAGGGAUU